AUGGAGUACGAGCAUGGAAGGAAAACAAGUACACUUGCAGUAGCUUCGACUAGAUGUGAUGGAGUUGUCAUGCCCCAGGACAAAAUAAUGGUGGGGAAAAACAAUGAGUUCCAGAUUGUAAAGAAGAUGUUAAUUGAGCAUUCAUCAAGGCAACGGGAAAUUGUCUCCAUCAAAGAUAUGGGAGGUAUUGGCAAAACAACGUUAGCCAGACGAGUUUAUGGAGAUUCAUCAAUUGUCUCCCACUUUGACAAGCGAGCUUGGGUUGUUGCAUCACAGUAUCAUAAUAAAUUGCAAAUGCUAACAGGUCUUCUUAAAUCAAUAGGUUGUGCAGUGGGUAGUGUCACUGAAGAGGAUCAUCUAGCACAAGUACUAUACCAAAAUCUAAUGCAUCAAAGAUACUUUGUUGUGAUAGAUGACAUUUGGAGCGUUGAUGCAUGGGAUUCUGUCAAAGCUUGCUUUCCAGAUAAUGCAAAUGGCAGUCGAGUACUGUUGACUACUCGCAUUGCAGAGGUGGCUACUAAUAUCGGCUCUAGUAAUGACUUUUCUCAUCAAGCACAAUUGUUAGAUCAAACUGAAAGUUGGAACUUAUUUUGUGAAAAGGCAAGCAAAUCUAGCUAUGCUGAGUUUGAGGUGAUUGGGAGACCCAUUGUUAAGAAAUGUAAAGGAUUGCCUUUGGCAAUUGUUGUGGCCGCAGGUUUAUUUUCCAAACUUCAUUUGCUGGAUGAGUGGAAGAAUGUUGUAGAAACCCUAAAUUCAUAUGCAACAACAACAAUUGAUGAAGAAUGUUCAAGGAUACUCUCAUCGAGUUACAAUCACUUGCCGCACAGUCUGAAGUCUUGCUUUUUAUAUUUGAGCAUAUUUCCAGAAGAUAAAGAGAUCCAUGUGAAAGAAAUUGUAAAGUUAUGGGUUGCCGAAGGACUUGUAAAGGCAUAUGAGGAUAUGAGCUUUGAUGCGGUGGCUAGAAGGCACAUUCAAGAAUUCAAGGAUAGGAACCUAAUUCUUGUAAAGCGACCAAGUAUUUGUGGGAGAAGAGUAAAGACAUUUAGAAUGCACGAUUUAGUGCAUUCUUUUUGUGUGAGAGAAGCUAAAAGGAAAACCUUCUGCAUGUUGUCUAUGAGAAUGAGUCCAAUACCCCUCCUAAAUAUUUCCGAUGGUUGGAAUCUUCAAUCACUUUCAGCUGAUAGUACUGCUAAAAUGAGCUUUUUAGAGUUCCCACAACUACAACAUUUGCGUAGUUACAGAGGUCUGAGUGAUUUUUCCAUAUUUUUUCAUCAAAACUUGAAGAGCAUUUGUGGGUUGAAUCCUGAUCAAUGCACAAAAGAAUUAUUUACAAAUAUUCCAUACCUAAAGAAGGUAGAGAUUCUAUGUGCAGAUGGUUGGAGUGAUUGCAUUAAUAACGUUGCCUAUUUACACCAGCUCCAGAGUAUGCAUCUUCUUGGUAUAUUAUUUGGGCGUCCGUUGGUGAUUCCAAAUAUUAACCACCUUGUUUGCUUGAAAAACCUUAUGAGGUUGAGGUUUACGGACUUGACAUUUGAGUGGAAGGCAAUUAAUAUUUUUAGCAAGUUGCCCAAACUUGAGGUGCUAAGGCUAAGGGGUUGUAAGUGCAUUGAUGAUGAGUGGGAACUAUUGGAGAAUGAGAAUUUCGACCAGUUAAUUUAUUUGGAAAUUGUUUCCAUUGAUCUAAAGCAUUGGGAAGCAAGUGCCUGUCAUUUUUCAAAUCUUGAGCGCCUAGUCCUUAAACGGUGUCAUCAACUGGUAAAGAUCCCAGCUGACUUUGCAGAAAUUCCAAACUUGAAGUCAAUCAAAUUGGAAUACUGUUUUCCUUCUGCGGUAGAUUCUGCCAAGAAAAUUCAAAAAGAGCAACAUGAGCAAGGAAACGAAAAUAUGGUUGUCAUUGUAUAG